AAACUGACCAACAAGAUGAAGUGGCUCAUCGUCCUCACAGCCCUCGUGGCUUUCUCCGAAUGCCUCCACAAAAUCCCCCUGAUCAAGGGAAAGACUGCCAGGCAAGCCCUGCAGGAGAAAGGACUGUGGGAUGAGUACAGGAAGAAGCACCCAUACAACCCCAUGGCCAAGUUCAUCCAGAAUGGUGUUGAGCCAAUGACCAACGAUGCUGACUUGUCCUACUAUGGUGUGGUUUCCAUUGGCACCCCUCCUCAGUCCUUCACCGUCAUCUUUGACACCGGCUCUUCCAACCUGUGGGUCCCUUCGGUCUACUGCUCCAGCCAGGCUUGUGAGAACCACAGGAGAUUCAACCCACAGCAGUCCUCCACCUUCAGCUCGAACAACCAGGCUCUGUCCAUCCAGUACGGCACUGGCAGCAUGACUGGAUUCCUGGCCAGCGACGUUGUUGAGGUGGGCGGCAUCAGUGUGUCCAACCAGGUGUUUGGACUUAGCCAAUCAGAGGCUCCCUUCAUGGCCCAAAUGCAGGCUGACGGCAUCCUGGGACUGGCCUUCCAGAGCAUUGCCUCUGACGAUGUCGUGCCUGUCUUCUACAACAUGGUCAAUCAGGGACUGGUGUCCCAGGCCAUGUUCUCCGUCUACCUGAGCGACGACGGUCAGCAGGGCAGCGAGGUGGUCUUUGGUGGUGUUGACAGCAGCCACUACACCGGCCAAAUCACCUGGAUCCCUCUCACCUCUGCCUCCUACUGGCAGAUCAAAAUGGACAGUGUUACCAUCAAUGGAGAGAUUGUGGCCUGCUCCGGUGGCUGCCAGGCCAUCAUUGACACUGGUACCUCCCUGAUCGUUGGCCCAAACAGUGACAUCAGCAACAUUAAUGCCUGGGUUGGAGCCUCAACCAACCAGUAUGGAGAAGCUACAGUGAACUGCCAGAACAUCCAGAGCAUGCCUGAUGUCACCUUCACUCUCAAUGGAAACGCCUUCACCGUCCCUGCAUCUGCCUACGUCUCUGAGACCAACUACGGCUGCAACACUGGCUUUGGCCAGGGUGGUUCUAGCCAGCUCUGGAUCUUGGGAGAUGUCUUCAUCAGGGAGUACUACGCUGUCUUUGAUGCCCACGCUCUGUACGUUGGUCUGGCCAAGUCUGCGUAA